AUGCCUACCCUGCAAGAGAGCAAGCUUGCCUUCAUCGGCGGGGGCAACAUGGCCUCUGCCAUUAUCGGUGGUCUUGUCAACAAGGGUGUCAGCAAGCAGAAUAUCUGUGUCUCGGAGCCCUGGGAUGUCAACCGAGAGAAGCUCGCUGCGGUCGGAGUACGAACGACAACCGACAACACAGAAGCAGGUGGAGAUGCGGACAUUGUCAUAAUUGCGGUCAAGCCUCAGGUCACCCGAGCUGUCUGCGAGGAACUCGGUGAUUCAUGGAGCAACCGCAAAUCUCUUCCGGUUCUCGUCAGCAUCGCGGCGGGCAUCACCCUCAGCAGUCUGCAGGAGUGGUCGCGAACUGAUGACGGGCGAUUUGCGCACGUUGUGCGUGUGAUGCCCAACACUCCGGCACUGGUGAGCGAGGGCGCGUCGGGCGCAUUUGCUGGCGAGGAUGUGACUGCCUCUGAAAAGGAUCUGGUCAAUGCUCUUCUCAGUAGCGUGAGCAAGGCCACCGAGUGGGUUGAUAGGGAAGAGCUUCUGGACGUUGUCACUGGUCUUUCAGGCUCUGGCCCUGCCUACUUCUUCGCUAUGGUCGAGCACCUCGUCACUAGCGGCAUGUCCGAAGGGUUAUCGAAGGAGCAGGCUACUCGACUGGCCUCUCAAACUUGUCUCGGUGCCGGGAAAAUGCUCGUUGAAUCCACCGAGGAGCCAAGCCAAUUGCGCAAAAACGUCACCAGCCCCAAUGGCACCACAUAUGCUGCUCUCCAGACAUUCGAAGCUGAGGGCUUCGAAGGCAUUGUGGACAAGGCCGUCAAAGCCGCUAUUGCUCGUGCAGCCGAGCUAGGUACCAUGCUUGCGAAAUAG